AGUUUCUUCAUCAAAAGUUAAAGCCAAAGUAAAAGUCAAAGAAAUCUGACAGUUGUGACGUCUAUCGGUGUAGAUCUGUGUCCAUACUUUUAAUUCUUAAAAAAUAAUAAACACUUGUUUCGGCUCAGUGACUUUACUUAUAGUGAACACAGUGAAACAUACAGUGACAUAUAUUAAAGUGGUUAAUAAAAACAGUGCUUAAGGUUCUAAACUAUACAAAACAAUACUUACAGUGACUUUGCGUAAUUGAGUUCUACCCUCUAUUUUUAAUAAGUGUCGGAUAUUCUCGUCUCUCUCGAUUUGACAGACCGACGGCAUAGACAGAGGGCUGAUAUUCUCGUUAUCUGUCAACGAUCGACAUCGAGUUAACAGCGCCAUCUAGCGUGUGAACGGCGAAUCACCUCAGACGCAAGUUACCUAUUUGCCUACCAUCAUGCCUGGUGUCAAUUGCCACGGUUGCGGUCGCUUUAUGGUACCGGCAGAGGGCGCUAAAUGUGGUAAAUGCAAAAUGGCGUACCACAGAGGGUGCGUAGGAGUUGUAGCAAAAGGCGUUGUCCCUGCAGGCUGGCGCUGCCCAGAGUGUAAGAAGAACCUGUUAAGGGACAAUAGGGCGGAUACUCCAGUCAGAGGUCUUGCGGAAAGCCCUCCCUGUUCUAGCACCAGCCCUGUAGAACAUACAAGCGUGGUGCCGAGUUCACCCAACACCAGGACUGUUAGUUGUUCCAGCCCUUUACCUGAGGCCGUCGGGCAACAAUCUGCGAGUCUAUCGUCUGUUCCUCCUGCGCCGCAAGCUGGCUCCGACUUGACUCUAGUGGAGGAGUUGAGGGCGAUGCGUGCUGACCUUCUGGAGUUCCGCAGCAAGAUGCUGGAGGAGAUGAUGGAUCUUAAAUUAUCCAUGCAGAGCUGCAAUACCCGUAUUGACGGCCUGGAGGCCAGAAUUAAUGCACUGGAACAGCGGCGGGAGACCUCCCCUUCCACACAUUCAUCCGUGGAGGGGAUUGUGGAAGAAUUAAGGAGGGAACUGAACGACAGGGAUCAAGACCUUCUCAGUAAUGACAUCGAAAUCUCAAAUAUUCCCGAGAGCACAGCUGACAACCCGGUUCACAUUGCCAAGGUAAUAGGCCUCAAGUUGGGGGUCACGCUGGAGGAACGUGACAUCGUCAGUGCGGAGCGGGUGGGCGGUAGGCAGCUCAACGCCACAAGCUCUGCCGGUCCGGCGGUGCCGCGGCCGCGCGCCAUAGUGGUACGCCUGGCGCGGCGCGAUGUGCGCGACCAGCUGCUGGCGAGUGCGCGCGUGCGCCGGGGCGCGACGACUGCUGACCUGGACAUGUCUGGCCCGCCGCAGCGUUUCUUCCUUAACGAGCGCCUCACUAAAACUAAUCGCCGGUUGUUUCGGAAGGCGCGAGACGCUGCUAGCCUCUUCAGCUGGAGGUUUGUUUGGACGAAGCGAGGUCGCAUACUGGCUAGGAAGGGCCCGGGUGACUCCACCCAAAGAAUCCGCACCGACGAGGACAUUGCUGCGAUUAUUGGAUCUGUCAAUGAAACAACUUGAUUACUGUCUGUUUUUAUUAUUUUUGUCAUUGUGUGUGUCUAGCAUUCAUGAGUGGGGGAAUAUGCGUCACACUCUUUUCUAUCAGGGGGUUAUCAUAUUUUGCUUAUAUGGUGAGUCAAAAUUGUUUCAAAUCUAUAUAACUAUAUUAUAUAAACACGUUAAAUCUUACACUAACAUU